UUUGGCGGUUCGGCCUUUGUCAAAGAAUAUAUAUUUGGCCUCAAGGAUUUUUCCAAAGCCACAUUUUUCCAAAACUUUUGCGCCUCAAUAGGCGGUGCUAUAGCUUCGAUCAGUGUAGCUCAACCGCUUGAUGUUGUCAAAACCCGUAUUCAAAAUAGACCAUUUGAAUCACCUGAAAGUGGUGUACAAAUAAUCCGUAAUAUGAUUAGGCAAGAAGGAAUUACACCAAAAUUAAUGGUAGUUGGGCCCAAAUUAGUAUUUUCAUUCACUGUGGCACAGCAAUUAAUUCCAUUAUUAGAUAAUUUCCUUGUGGGAAAAGGUAUUGGUAAUCCUAAUACUAUCUAA